AUGGCAGAGCCAUCGCCGGAGAGCGAAGAUUGGGCUUUGUUGGAGAAACUACAGGGGCGGUUUUGCAGUUCCACCUGGGGCUUGGUACAAGUCCGCCGGAAAGAGAACGGGGAGCCUGGACAGGCAAAGGGCCGCAAGAAGGCGCCCUGCCGGGCCCGAGCCGUGCUCGAGGUUUGGGAGGAGGAGAGGAGGUGCCGUGUGGGAUUCGUCCGACUUGUUAAGGGAGACCUGCCUCGGAUUCAGCUGGCCUGCACUCCGAGCGGCUCGUGCGAGGCGCCGGGCGUGUGGUCUCUGGACCCUGAGUGCAGCACGACGGACCACGUGCGCUGGGUGCCAGACCAGCCAGCCAAGAAAGGCGGAACCGAGAUUUGGGACGGCGCCUUUCUCAAGAGCAUCGAGAAGGCGGCCUUGUGGGUGAUCCAGCACGGCUUACUUCCACAGCUGGACGAGGCAUGGCGGUACCUAAGAGAUGUCAAAGCGGUGAGGAGGAGUCUUCCCUACACGGUCGGACUCUGCACGGCCACCAUGAAUCGUUUCUGGCAGAUCCGCAGGGCCUUGCCGCUGACGCUCAUGCAUGCCUGGCCGUAUCGUGGCUCAUGCAAGGUUCAUGUGGUGGACCUGGGAAGUAAAGACAACAACACGUUCAGUUUUCUGGUGAACAGCUGUCGGUUUGCCAUGGAAGCAGGUCUGCUGUGCGUCUAUCGCGCAAAGGAGGAGUUCUGGCAUGCGUCAGUAGGGAAGAACACUGCGCACCGCGUCGCCGACGAAGACAUCCUCGUGAACGUCGACAGCGACAACCUCAUCGGCGCCGAAUUCCUGCAGGACGUCUGCAAACGCUUUGAAGAGGGCGCCGCAGUGGCCCAGUAUGAGCAUGGCCAAGGCACUUGCGGGCGCAUCGCGGCCAAGAGGGUGGAUUUCAUGGAGAUCAGAGGCUACGAUGAAGAUGCCUGGCCGAUGGGUUGCCAAGACACGGACUUAGUCUUGCGCUUGAAGUCACUUGGGCGCGGCACCCAUUCGAAAGGAGGUUGCCGCGCUCUGUCACAGGCCAUACUCAACUCCCAGGCUCAGAAGGUGGAACAUUGCAAGCCGGACGCCGAUCUCAGGAGACUUGCUAGCCCACUGGCGAGGAAUGCAGAGAUCUUCGAUCGGCGACGGAGGGAGGGCAAGCUGGUUCGCAACGAUGGCAAGGCGCCGCACCCCACACUUUACUGGUUCUCAGUUGGACCCAGAGUAGGCCCAGAGUAG